GUCGGCCGUCUCCAUGGCGACGUCGAAACAACGAGGACAUUCCCAUGCGCGUUCCUUCUUCACCUGCGCUGCUGUUACACAAAGUUAUUAAACUUAAUCGCGACAACAACAACAACAACAUUAAUGUCUAAAAAGCGGAGUAAGAGCGGCAGCAAAAGCGUCGCCGCGGCCCCCGCUGUCAAGUCGUGGGACGCCGCUCUGUGUGGGGCACACUUUGAUGAGGAUGGCUGGCAGGCGAGUGUCGCCAUGGUCGUGUGCGGGCGAGUCGAGGAUGAAGCUCACAUCCCAGCGAUGCUGCAAGCGAUCAGGGUCCCCCUUCGCCGCCUCUUCACCGCCAUCACCUGGGAUGACGUGAUGACUCAGAUUAAUGAGCUCGGAAACCCCAAAGGGAAGAGACCCAAGGACCUUCCCGUUUUUUAUGAGAUUUUGGAGGUAGCCAAAACUGCGGUGGAUGCCGGUCAGGCAAUCUCGCUCCCUGUGCUGGCCAAACUCAUCAAGUUUAUGCUGCUGGGAGUCAAGCAAAAGGACCAGCAGUGGCGUGCGGCCGAAAAGAAGGCAGCUGAGGACAAAGCCAAGGAAAUGGCAGAGGUAGAUUGUGGUAAGGAGCCGGUGAAAUCCCCGGUCAAAAAUAGAGGGAAGAGCGCCAAGGGGAACAAAGGCAAGAAGCUUCCGGAGCCACCCCAAAUCAAGAAGGACACCAAACUCACGCGGCGUGGAGAGCAGGAAGAAGUCAAGAGUUUCAUCGAUGAUGAACCGGAUGAUGGACCACAGCACUAUGUGUUCCUGAUGGGCUUCCUCCAGCCACAGCUGCUGCCGAUGCUGAAGGAGCUGGGGGUCACAGUGUCGGCCGUCAUAUGUGUGUCGUCGCAGACAUACGCUGAGGACAAGCCAGAGGAGCUGCUUGCCGGUCGGGUCGAGGAGUUGCAGGCCUUCUGGAGGUGUCUGUCACCUGUGUUGGAGGGCGUGGGCCAUGGUUACAGCCUGGAUACAGUCGCACGACUGAAGUACACAGUCCACGACUCACUGCUCCCAGAGGAUCCUGCUGACCAAAACACCAUGGCAGAGUUUGGUGCCGCCCUAUUUGAGGACAUGGCAUGCCUGAUGUAUGACCUUCUGGACUGGCGACAGCACUAUCGCCACUACCUCAACAGCAUGGAGCUUCUGCAGAUUCCCACCGUAGGGCAGUCACUGGUACAAAAUGGAAUGUCAGCAAAUAGCAAGAGAAAGGGGCAGUCGUCAGAAACCACAGGCCUACCUCCUCCAGUAAUAGAGGAUCCUUCUGCGGUGGACAUGAGAUUUUAUCGGGACCUGCUGGAUCCAAUCCCGCCGGAGUGUGUGUCGGUGCCUCUGAUGAUCCAUUGCAUUCUGGAACAGGUGGUGGCAGCAGAGGAAGGUCGUCCCCCACCGAGCCAGCUGAGAGACCCUCCACGUGCCGAUGGAUUAAAUCCCGAUUUGGCCAAAUCGCUAUCAGCAGCUGUCAACCGUUUCCCCUUGUCCCCAGAUGAUAAUGAGUCACUGGCUGCCUUAUUUGGGACAUCACUUCGCAGUCUGGGCCAGGAGCACAUCAAACCAAAGAUUCUUAGUUUCAACGAUGAAAUCACAAGCCGCACUCAUCACCUUCAGGCUGCAGAUGGGUUAGAUGUGGCUCAAAUUGAAAAGGACAUGUUGAGGCGCCUCCCCGUGUGUGGAAUACUCCUUGAUCCCGGCCUCCAUAAAGUGGACAACGCAUCCAGGGUUCGGGCCCAGGAGUUGCUGCAGUACUGCUCCGGUGCACACGGCUGUGCAGGUCAAGUCGAACAGGCAUCCACGCAGCACGCAGUGCGCCAGUUUGUCUUUGAGAACCUUGAACUGUCGUCCGUGGAUGAGGCGGGGGAGCUUACCGUGGUCCACCAAGCAGACAAUGUGUCCCUAGCAUGGGACAACCCCUUGGAUUUUGCCAAGAAUGUCCAGCGACAAAAUAGGGUAAAAGAUGUGCAUGGAUCUUCAAGCGAUGGAAACGCAGAUGUUUCAGCCUCGCAUGUAGAUGAUCAAGAGACACACAAAGAGGACGACUUGAAUGUGGAGAUUGAGAAGCUUCAAGAGACACAGUUGCGGUGUCUGGACGAUUGGAACUACACGGAGCGCUACGAACCUGAUGUACUAAUACAGGCGUUGGUGGAGGCAAGCGAGAGGUACAUCUGCGUGGAUACCUACCGCUUGCAUCUGGAUGGAUCUCUGCUUCUGUUCUUCCACAAUCCAAUGUCUGAGGAAUUGCAGAGCCUGGAGUACUGGGACAUUGCUCUCCACACCAACGUCAGCUUUAGGGACUACCUGGAGCACGUUGCUGAAUUACUCACGGACUGGCUGCGGGGCCAGGAGAACACAAUGGGACCCAUUGCGCCGAAGGCGAAUGCCAUGAGCCUCCCAGUUCCUGCCACUCCCACCGCUAAGUCCAAGCCUGGCAGCGGAAGGAAGAAGUCAAAGGAGAGGUCUCCACCUCGAAGCAGAAAAGGCAGUGCAGCCGUGAAGGGUGAUAAAGCAGAGGAGCCUCCACCCCUUCCCAAAUACAGCAGCUCCUUUGUUCGCGAGGGCUCCUUAAAGGCGUGGAAGGAGGAGCGCGAGAGGGCUCGUCAAGAUGCCGAGGAGACGGAGAGGGUGAGGACGGCCAAGAAAGGCGGCGGUAAAAGGGACAAGUCGCCCGGCAAGGCGCGCAAGGACGACAAGUCGCCCGGCGGACGGCGCAGCUCUGCGAGGAGCAAGUCGGCGGCAUCUUCUCCGCCGCGUUCCGCCUCCAAGCGCUCCCCCCGGCAGAAGGAGGAGGCGAAGAAGGAGGCGGCGCCACCCGCCGAGACCCCCCGGACGCCACCUGCUGGGACCCCACGCCCCGGGACGCCACCUGCCGCUCCUCGGCAGCGCUACCCGUUGCUGGGCUAUGACAUGGAUGGAAAAUUGGUUCAGGUUUAUGGCAAAACAAUCAGCCUUUACCCAAGUGAUGGAGGCAUCAUUCGUGUGGAGACCACGCAGUUCAUACGAGGCUGCACAAGCGUGCGUGUCUGUGUGCAGAAGGACGGCCACCGCUUUCUGGUUCACCGGCUAAACGCAGUGCUGGUAGCUGAUGGCCACGAGGAGGCUUGCAGGGUAACACCGGAGGUGGUCACAGGAGGGCCUUGCAACGGCAAACACCAGAACCUGGAGAAAAAAGGGUUUCCACAUGGAUGCGAAGGGAGUUUUGGCUCCUUCACUGCCACUUUUUCGGACAGAAUUACCCUGUCUUUUAGCAGCCAUGGCCCUGGUGGAAAGAGCCAAGCAACCAAAGAAGACCCCGGUUUGAUAGCUGCUCUGAGCAUCCCUUCGGCAAUGGCUCCAACUCCACUUCCCAGUGCCAAUCCUACGUCCCCUCCGGCUGGUGUGGAUAAACGCAGCAAGUCGCCCAAGUCGCCCAAGUCGCCCAAGUCAGCCAGGGCUGGUCGCAAGCGGACGGCAUCCUCCCCAGCUCCGCCACAGCCUUGCGAGACGCCAGCUGUGGUGGACAAGGUUCUUACUAAACCACCGGAGCAGGCUAAGCAAGAGCCACCACAAGUGGAGCGGGUCGAGGAAAAACUCUCCUCUCCAUCCACGCUGGCUCUCAGCAUGUCCUGUCCCAAUGGGCUGUCCAUGCACAUAUACACAGACACAUCCAUAGGUGUCAUCAGGGAGACGGGCGCUCGACUGCUGGUGCGGUUCAGUGGGGUCCUGGGAGCUGGCCCUGCGCAGGGCGUCCCAUACGAGCUGUCUCGAGUCGUCACCAGCGACGGCGCCGUCGUCAGGAGCAUCUCUGACGGCUCCACACAGGUUCUGUUUGCAGAUGGAUCAGUGAGCUUCAGCCCUGACUCAGGCCCAGUGGUCCCACCGCCCGUAGCAAAACCGGAGAAGCUGGAGCAUCCCGACCAGACCCCGACGCCAGACAUUGUGCCCAAGGACAGUGGUAACAAAAGAGUGGGUAGGUCUCUCACCAAGUCAACUGCCAAGCGAGGCAACUCUCAGCAAGAUGUACACGAACCUCCCCCACCUCUGGAAAGUGUGGAGCAGCCCAAGACAGGCACAUGGUUCACAACCACUCCAUUGGGUCAUACCAUUGGCACCUGCGGGGGAGAGAGGCUAGACGUGAAGCCUGUGCGCUUUUACAAGGCUACGGACCCACAGACAGGAGCAGUCAUGAUAACACGGGAGGAUAAGGUGGUAACGGUCACGGAUGUGGACGGGAGGAUCGUAGCUGAUCAUGUGGAUGGCACGCGCAUCACCACAUACCACCGCCACAUUUUGGACCACAACUCCGACGAACAGGAAACCGGCGAGGGUGUGGUAAGGACGGUGAGGAGAGUCAAGUGUGUGACAGUGGAGAGCGUAGGGCUGCCCACUUUGCAGUGGAGGCCUGACGAUGGGAGCUGCACCGCCCUGUUUGGGAGUGGUACAGUCUUGCAUGCAAAGCCUGAUGGGACCUAUCAGCUAUGUCCCAGUGGUGGCGAGGGAUCCCUGUUCAUAGCCUCGGAUGGAGAAGCCAGGUACAGCCCGGGCAGGGUCUCCUCGCCAGCCCUGGACUCCCUGCCCGGAACACGGGACCCGGCGUUGACUCCUGGGACGUAUUUCCUGCGCCAUGUGGCUCCGCUCGCCUGUGAAGCUGUGGAUGUGUAUGGCAACCACUUCCAGGUGCUGUGCAAUGGCGAGGCCUCAACGUCCCUCGCGGCGGCGGCUGCUGCUGGUGCUGGUGCUGAGGAUGAACGGGGGGAUGGGGAGGAGGCGCAGGGACCUGCAGGCUAUGACACGCACGCGCCAAGGCUGUUUGCAAUUCAUGCCGACGGUUCUGGGACCGAGUUCAUCCGUCGUGAGGAUGCUGAGAGGUUCCUUUCCUGGGCUGAUGGUCAUCCAACAACCACCGUUAUCAGAGAAAGCCUGCCAGACCACCCUGCUGUUCAAGGGGUGACUGUGCUGAGCCCCGUGGAGAAAGAUGUGAGGCAGCGCUGGCUGCUGCUGCAGAAGCAGGAGAGUGAUAUCACUCCCCAGAGUCUGAGGUCUCGCCAGUGGCGCACCUUCCCAGCACGUGAGGAAAAGAAGGCAGGGCCACGGUUCGGCACGUGCAUAGGUCGUGGCUUGACCAUCGACCAUCCUUGUGAGUUGAACGUGAAGCCAGCGGUCUCGCCGUGCGUGGAGAAACGUCCGGACGUUCUGCGGGCUAGGCAGCUGCUGUGUUACCCGGCCGUCACGACAGAAAUGCGGUGCAAGCUACAGUUGCGCUUGAAGGAAUAUCUGGAGCAGCUGCUCCAGAGGGAAAAGCAGAGAGAGGAGAUGAAGAUUCAGGAUCCUCGCCUGGCUGAUGAGAAAACCCACAUCAGCCAUCUUCUCAAACUUGUGCUGUCUAUGCCUGAAGACAGCCCCAGAUAUUAUCAUGAAGAUGAAAGAAGAGCAGAGUUAGCGGAUCUUUACGAGCAAUCCUUCACAACACAGCCUCCCAGCUCCCCUCCAGAUGCUCAAGCAGAACAAGAGGAAACAGGAUUACAACCAAACAGGGAGGAGGCCAGCCAAAGAACACAGGCUCUGUGGGCUGAGAAGAUAGCAAAAGAAAGGCAGGAGGUGGAAAAAGCAAGGGAGGACAUCCAAGCCUUAAGACACAGAAUCAUCACACCCUACUUCAGCUCAGAGCUUGGCCGAACCUUUCUACUCAGCCAGGCAAUGGACUUGGAGGCCCUGAGUAAAGAGGUGCCCCACACACCCCGGAAGCCAUCCCCCGCUUUGGACUGCACGUCUGAAGAUGGUGAUGAGAGACAAACAGACGAUGAUAGUCCAAUAACUUCACUGGGAGGAAGCACUGGCCCACAAGCCGCAGGGCAAGUUGAGUUUGCUCGCUUGUACCCAGUUCACCAGCCCGUGCGUUCUCCCCGGACAGCUACACAGCUCCACACAGAUGGCCCUGUAACUGAAGUGCCAGCAGCUGCCGAGCGUCACCCGCGCGACUUCACGCGCCACCACGCCAAGAGCCUUGCGCUGGACGUGACAGGCUCGGUGCGCAGGGAGCGUGUGCGACUCCCGGCCGCUGUCCUCGCCUCGCGCCCACGCUCGGUGCCCAACGAGAAGGUGGGAGCAUUGGCAAGAUCAGAACUUUUGCAGGGCUUCACUUUGCUUCCAACGCGCGUCAACUUUGGGUCCCUACGACAAGGGAGCUCGAACGUGCGUCGCAUCCGCCUCCAGAACGUCGGCACGGAGCAGCGCAGAUUCAAAGUGAAAGCUCCUCCAUCCAGCACAGGCAUGCGAGUUAUCUACACACCUGGGCCAGUGGCAGCUGGAAUUCACAUCGAGCUGAUCUUGGAGCUGAGAGCGGAGAACUUGGGUCCCGUUUCCUAUGAAGUGCAGAUCCAAACCGAGGCAGAAACGCUGCUCGUACCUGUCACAGCAACAGUGCUCUCUGAUGUUGAGUAUGAAGAGGCAUGCAACAGCAAGAUCAGGGCAACUGCACACACGAAGAGUGCUCCAACUUUGAAUAAAGAUAAUGCUGUGCUUACUCCCGCCACACAAAGCAUUCAGAUGCCCUCGGUGUAAAUAUUAAUGCAUUUCAAAGAAUUCCAUUAAGAAGAGAUGGCGUGAUGAGCUCCGAUCUUCUGGAGGAGCAUAAAGAAUCAUACUUUUAAGGAGCAGACUCUGGUGCCAAUUUGAAUCCAGUAAUGAAGAGAUAAUAACCAAUACAUUGAGAUGUGGCUGAUAUUUGAAUGCAUAUGGUCUGGACUAGUUCACUACAUAUUCUCUAAAUCUCCACCACCACCAGCUCUGGAAACAUGUUGACAUGAGUUGGAGAGUUCGCAAUCGUUAUCACACUCGAACUCGCAUGUGUCACGUAUCACUCUCUGGACACUUAGCUCACGUCUUAUAGCAGUUUGACACCAUUGUGCCCUUGCUACAUUAGUGGAUAUAACAGAAAAACAGCAUGAAAUGCACAGACAAUAUCCAUUAUAGUUUCUUCAUAUAAUUAUUACUACUGAGCUGCUUCUACUCACUUGUGUUUAAAAUACCCUUGAAUGUUUGCACAUUCUGAUCACUAGGUGUCAGGCAAUGCUUAUGUUUGUAAAUCAUCUCAAAGUUAGCAUGAUUGCUGUGACGAUCUAUUAAAUUAAUCUAUACUUUUCGAUUCAGAACCACAGUAUUUGUUUUAUCUAGAGCGGGUAGGUAGCCUGGUGGGUUACCCAUGAGCCUUAACUUCACCCCAAGAUUGUGAGUUGUGGAAGCAUGAGGCCUAAACAAUUCAUGUGUGAAGCAAUAAUGCUGAAACCAGCUCCAAAUCAUUUCAGACAUAAUCAGUUUCAUAUAGGUGGCUUUUUCGAACCCAACUUAGUUGAAAUUUGGGGUUGUGAAGUAAACUUUCCAUAGGUUUGUAUGCGCUUCUGUGGAUUGUAUUCUUACUGUAAAACCAAAUAAAAACCGAUGCUGAUUU